CUUGUGAUAAUAACAUUGCGACAAUAUAAUUUGAAGGUAGCGUAGGCAAAGAGGUAAACGCCAAGAUGCAAAGAGACAAAGUUUGUUCCCAAAAGCAUGACCCAGUUUUUGAAUCCUUAUAAGCUUAUGUUGUUUGUCCUUUAAUUUGUCCCAACUCUAGGAAGUUGCAUUCUCAUUUCAUGCCAUUCGUAUACAAUAAUGUAAAGAUGAAAGCAGGCCUUAGUAUGUUCCCCACUUCGUACAUAUAUAUAUAAUUAAUCAAACCAUAUUUACUUAAUUGUUACAUUACAUUACUUUACAUAACUACAAAUUAAUGGAGUCUGAUGAAUGUGAUCAAGAUGCAAAAAAAUUGAACCUUAGGUCCUAUGAGUGCAAUUUUUGCAAGAGAGGUUUUUCUAAUGCACAAGCACUUGGAGGACACAUGAAUAUUCAUAGGAAAGACAAAGCAAAACUAAAACAACAAUUUUCAAACCAAACUCAACCAUCCAAUUUGGAGGCAAAUUUUGUUGUUGAAGAGAAAUUAGUCAAAUUACCAAACUUGAAUUCUAAUGUGUCUCAACAAGAUCAUCAAGAUGCCCCUUGUAAAGAUGAUGAAAUUCUUGUAAUUCAUAUGAGACAACAACAACUUCUACUUUUUGCAGAAUCACCAACUACAAGUGAAAUUCAAAAGCCACUACAAGGUGAUCAAAUUGAAAGGGAAAUUGUUACUAAAGAAGAGGGUUUGUUAUUAUCUUGUGAUGAAGAUUCGUCAUCGGAGUUAGACCUUGAAUUAAGACUAGGACCUGAGCCACAUGAUUCAUCAGCACCACCAACGGGUACAAGAAAAUUCUUUUGAUUACUUAGAUUAUUGAAUAAAUACAAUUAUAUUUGUACAUGCCCAAGAAACCAUUUUUUUUCUUGGUCAACAAAUUCAUUGUUUGAUUUUGUUCCAAAAUUUUAUUUUCAAAUUAAUACGAGCAUUGUUACAUCUUCUACAUGGUGCAGCAACCGUAAAGAUUUUUAAUCUUGUAAAAUUUAGAGAUGAGUUUGUUUGUUAAAAUUUGAUUCAAGUUUACAACAUUUGUUAAUUUAUGUUUUGGGUUAUAUUUGAGUAAUUUAAAGCUGAAUUAAA